AUGGUGAUAAGCUAUCUGCUCUCCGCUGCUUUCAUUUUCAAAAAUUGGUUCUCAAUAAUAAUCAUCGUCAGGACCAUGAAAACUACACUCUUGAAUCUUUUGUAUUCGCUCCCCGCCGCCCAGUUAGUCGCCGCACAUACAGCGCACUACUCUAAUGGGACUGGCACCGGUCAACCCGUCGGACAACCUGUUGGCGGGUUUUCAUCAGUACGCGCAGGGCACAAGCAAACCCCGUUUCCAGAAUGGCUCACUGAAUUUACUGGACUCAAGGAAUGGCCAGGGAUCGAUCCUCCGUACAUCCCAAUGGACUUCAUUGACUUUAGCAAAAUUCCCAACUACAAACGCUACGAUCAAGGUGUUUGUGGAGUAAAUCCACGCGAGUCAUGCUCCUUCGAUUGCGAUCGUUGCUUAGCGCCGGACGACGUUUACACAUGUGGUCAGCUGUCACAAACGUUUGACGAUGGGCCCUCGCUUGCUACCGAGAGAUUACUUGACAGUUUGAACCACAAAACAACUUUUUUCAACCUGGGAAUCAACAUUGUCAACUUCCCGGAUGUGUACCAAAAAAUAUUGAACGGAGGCCAUCUAGUCGGUACUCAUACGUGGUCCCAUCCUUUCAUGCCGAGCUUGACUAACGAACAAAUCAUAGCGCAGCUUCAAUGGUCAAUUUGGGCCAUGAACGCUACCGGGCACCAUGUACCCAAAUGGUUUAGACCACCAUAUGGCGCCAUCGACAAUAGAGUCCGCUCUAUCUCUAGAAUGUUUGGCCUGCAAGCGGUCUUGUGGGAUUAUGAUACUUUUGACUGGCAGUUAUUAGUGGAGGAUCAAACGUUGAGAACCGAGGAAGAUAUCUACAGAGAUGUGCAAGAUUGGAAGCAGGCUGGAAACGGUUUGAUACUCGAGCAUGAUGGUGCAUUCAAGACUGUUCACGUCGGCAUUAAUGUCAACAAAAUCUUAGGUGACGACCAACUGACUGUUGCAGAAUGUGUUGGGGGAAUUGACUAUAUUAGGACUUUUCCACCGGAGCUGAAAUCAAGAAAUGCCAAAGUAUUAUAG